AACAAUGAGCUCAACACAGAAGGACCAACAUGGAGCGAGAAGUCAGCGCUCUCAGGAGGCCGACAAACCUCACAGAAGAAAGAGAGAGAAAACAUACACCUGUGACGAGUGUGGGAAGGAUUUUACUGGGAAGGCUGAACUAAAACAUCAUCAGGUCAUCCACACUGGAGAGAGACCGUUCAGCUGUGACUUGUGUGGAAAGUCUUUUUCCAGGAAGGAUUACCUAAAAACACACCAACUCAUCCACAGUGGAGUUAAAGCGUACAGCUGUGAUCAGUGUGGCAGAGCUUUUACUCAAAGUGGCCACUUACAGAGUCAUCUAGUUACCCACUCUGGAAUUAAGGCAUACAGCUGUGACAUCUGUGGAAAGACUUUCAGCCGGACAGGGCACCGAAAUAGACACCUACGCAUUCACACCAGACAUGAUAUGUACUGCUGUGAACAGUGUGGCAAAGAGUUUAUAACAGACGCACAGUUACAAGAACACAUGUUUACCCACACUGAGGGACGACCUUAUAAAUGUGGCCUGUGUGAGAAGACUUUUAAAGCUCCACGUCACCUGAGACGACACCAACAGAUCCACACCAGAAAGAGACUCUACAAGCGCAGUUACUGUGAGAAGCAGAGCGACACAGAUGGAUCCAGUUCUCAACCCUGUCAUCACUGUGGUGGUGGAAAAGACUUUCGUUGUGACCUCUGUGGAAAAACUUUCAGUCGGCAAGACAGCCUAAAAACACAUCAACGUAGACACACUGGAGACAAACUGAAAAACUGCAAAGAAUGUGGGAGAAGCUUCACCACAUCACGUAACUUAAAACGCCAUGAACUGAUUCACAGUGGGGUUAAAAAGCACCUCUGUGAUCAGUGUGGGUCAUCCUUCACCACUGCAGUCAUCGCCAACAUGGCGAAGAUGUGAAGCUGCCUUUCUGCUACAGUAUCUCCUCACAUACAUUUGCUCAUAUCGUAGGACUUCUUAUAGAGUGUCUUUCUUUGACCAUGUCUCACUGUGUUUUAUUCUUGACGUUGCAUUUAAGUCUUGCAUGACUCUAUUUUAAUAAUGUUAAAAUGGAUGGAUGGCUAGACAGACCCCCUGAAUUUAUCAUCUGAAAUCUUUUUAUUCCUUUAUUCCACUGCUUUCAGGCAUUUCUGUGCAUCCAAAUUUAUAUAUAGAUAUCAAAACACUCAUAUCUGUACAAUUUGUUAAUAUCUUCAUAAUCUCCAAUAAUGUUACACCCCAGUGCUUUCAUUUCAACCCCAAGUGUCAUUGUCUUUGAAAAAGCACAGAGUAUAAUGCAUCUAUUUUGCAACAAUAAAUAAUACAAUAAAUGUUAAAAGACUUUCCAAAGGUACCCUGUUUUUCCCUUCGUUGUAUCGUACAAAUAGAGAUAAUAUAAUUAUCUGAGGAACAAUUGUCAAUAAGCAGAGAAGUUAUUAAAAUAUUAAUGCAAGACAUGGAAGCAGCUGGUGUUGUUCCUAAAUUAGGAACAAUAUUUUAAAAUUACUUCACAAUUCUUCUUGCACUUCAGAUUGUUACAAACUAUCAGAAUAUAAAGAAAGUCAGAAAAUGGAAAACCUCAGCUUAUAAAACUGCUAUUUUUUUUUUAACCACAAACCACUGGAUCAAUUUCAAGGGUUUUGCACUUGAUUUUUAUUUAAUCAUAAAACACUGCAGAGAUGCAAAGAAAUAAUCAUUAUAACAGUGUGCAAAUACUAUGUGUCCAAGCUAUAGACGUCUCUGAAGCGACACUUUAAGAAACUCCUGCAUAGCUGCGGGGUGCACAGUCCACAUUUCACAGUGACAGCACAAAGACCCACACAGCUGGAUUUGGAUAUUUAACAUUCUUUCAGUAAAAAUUAAACCCUGCAUGAGUCCAUGAAUAUCUGGCAUUAAUCAGAUGAAAGCCUCUGCUGUAGCACCCUGUCAUCCAUUCAUCCAAGAGAUGUAACCAAGAUACUGCCUCUAUUAGAUAAUUAUUAGAUAAUUGUUUUUGAAAAAUAAUCUUUAACAUCUGAUUAAUUUCAGAUUUUUAAUGUCAGAUUUUACACGGUCAGGUGUAUCAGAGUUUAACUCAGAAAAUUAAACUUUAACUCAAAAUUUCUUAUAAAUAAAUUUCAAACGAGCCAUCAUGAUAAAGGGAAUGUGUGCAGUUUUGGUGCUCCGUAAGUUCUGUGCUGAACAGCGUGGCUGACUCUUUGUAUCUACUAUUGCCUCCACAGUCUGAGUCCACACAGGUAAUGAGCCAUUAUGACCAAUUAUGGAGUCCACUGCCAGCUCACGCUUUUUUGAGGUUAUAUCAAAAGGUUUCUUGGAAAUAAACACGGACUAUUUGUUUAGGCAGUCUGUGUCAGUGGGCUCAGUCAGUGGUCACGUUGUCUUAUUACAAUGAACACAUGCAGUGUAGUUUAUUUUGAGUUAAUCCAGCCUUCUACCUGCAAGAAAUCUUUAGUGCAGUAUGUAAUCUGCUUCUGAAAAUAGCUCCCAGCAAAAAGAAUUUCUUCUUUCAGCUCUAAUCCCUGAAAAAAAAGACAAAACCCCCCAAAACUUGGUCUGUUCAUUGUCACAGUCACAAACAACUCUGGCGUCAGGUGUACAUGAUUGGAGGAUUUGGGGUUGGGUUCUCUGCUCAUUCAUCACUGCAGAUUUUAGUUAGAUUUGUUUGUCCGUGGGAACUGUGGGAACCUUAAAUUACAUUUUGGAUGUAAACAAAAAGAAGAGCGUGAAGGGGUGUGAAGAAAAACAGAUUUUAAACUUUGUUUUUUUGACUGGACUCUGGUGCCAUCCUGUGGCUGCUAUGAAACAAAAGUGAAGUAAUGAAAAUAAAACGUGUUCUCAGAUCAA